AAACACAUAAAUAGAAAAGAGUCACAAGGUAAGAAGGAGGGGAGAGGGAGGUGAGAAAGAGGAAGCGAGCAACAGAAGCAGAGAGCAUGUGGCGCACAGACAGAGGAGCGGAGAGAAUGAGAGCGCUCUCUCACUCUAUCUUCACAGACAGCGGCUAAUGAACUAAGAGAGCAAGAGACGGCACGUAUAAAACUAGAGAUCCGCUACCUGAGGAAACUUUCUGACACCUACGAGCCUGUCAGAGACAAAAAAGAGCCCAGCUAGAAGAUGCACUUCUCUCACGGAGCACAACGUAAAUGCUGAGACGAUGGGAGACUGACAGGACACUUGUGUGACCUCUGCGCUGACACCUCGUGGGACGGAAAGGCGGAAAUUGGAAUGGAAAAUUCUGUGUGGAAAUUCCCGAUGAUUUCCUGUGACGGUUUCUGUGUCCGUUUUGAGUUUCAAGCGUCAGAUUGCAUGAACGAAGUGCUAACUCUUUCAGCAUGGCUGCUGUUGACUUGAAGAGUAAACUUCAUCCCACGCGCUUCCGAAAUGUGAUUACAACACUCUCAGACGCCAGACAAGUCAACAUACUCUACAAAGCCCCAAAAUCCUGUCUGACUGUGACAGUUUCAAGAUGUUGAAUCCGGGUUGGCAGCUGAACUUCAGGGCACCAUGGUCAAUGUGACGCCCAGUAUAGACCCAGCGGUGGCCCACGAGAGGUACAACUACCUCGCGUUGAUAUGCGGUGUGCCUCUCAUCCUCAUCAUUAUCUUGGGGAACGUCCUAGUGUGCCUCAGUGUGUUGACCGAACGCUCUCUUAAAACCGCAACUAACUACUUCAUUGUCAGUUUGGCUGUGGCUGACCUUCUUUUGGCCGUGCUGGUACUCCCGCUCUAUGUCUACUCUGAAUUCCUGGGAGGCAUGUGGACCCUGAGCAUGUACAUCUGUGAUGCCCUAAUGACUAUGGACGUGAUGCUCUGCACUGCCUCCAUUUUGAAUUUAUGUGCAAUUAGUGUGGAUAGGUAUAUUGCAGUGGUGGUCCCUCUGAAAUACAACAGGAACCAGUUUAGCGUUCGUCAGCUAGCAUUGAUCACAGCCACCUGGGUGCUUUCGUUGGGCGUAGCCAGUCCUGUCAUAUUCGGCUUGAACCAGGUGCCCAACAGGGACCCUCACGUGUGUAAGCUGGAGGACAACCAGUUUGUGGUCUACUCCUCCAUCUGCUCCUUCUUCGUCCCCUGUCCUGUCAUGCUCCUCCUGUACUACUGGAUGUUCAGGGGACUAAAGCGAUGGAGCUCUGGCCGUAGCCGGUCCCACCUCCACCGCCCACCCAGAGGCCGUAGAAGCCUGUCUUUGCGCCUAGGAGCAGCUCUACAGAAAGAGAAGGGACGGGCGAGGGAGAAGGUGGUGUACCUCAUGCCUGCCGGUCUCAGUCCGACGUCUCUCACCACGACCCCGACUACGCCAAUCUCCCCAGCCAGCCCAGUUACUCUUACCACGGACGAGCAGGCAGAAGGUCAGACUCCAGCAGCAGAGAGUGACCCCAUGACCACCCAGAUGGACAGUGUUUCGGACGCAGAGAACCCUGAGCAGGCCACUGAGGAUGAGAGCGGACGGGAGAAUGGCGUGGGGAAGAGCCAUCGGCCUCAUACGGGACGCCGCCACAGCAAGAGCAACAGGGUGAGCGGACGGGAGCGGAAGGCAAUGAAGGUGCUGCCUGUGGUUGUGGGUGUGUUUCUGGCCUGCUGGACUCCUUUCUUCGUGGUCCAUGUGACGAAGGCGCUGUGCGAGUCAUGUGACAUCGGGCCGACGCUGAUCAGUGUGGUCACAUGGCUUGGCUACGUGAACAGCGCCGUCAACCCCAUCAUCUACACCGCCUUCAAUGUGGAGUUCAGGAACGUCUUUCACAAACUGCUCUGCUGUCGCUCCUGAGGCCAAACGCUCUUUAGCGCAAGCCUAAAUUCGCGAUGAAUCGUUCAAGGAUUCGAGCAACGACGAUUUCCAAAACACCUGGAUGCUCUGAGUGCACAGUGCCCUCCAAGCAAAGGAAUGCUUUAAGGAAACCGAUCGUUACAAAACCGUGGAUUACUGAACGCGCAGUGGAAUGUGCCAUUGAAGAAAACUUCUGAUGCCUUAGUUAACCAAACAUUUUCUUGUAAAGCUCUUGCUCGAACACUACAGUAGAUAACAGAAUACUGUGGAUUUCAUAGCCCAGAGGCAUAAAAUAUGUGAAAACGUCCACACUGAAGAUAACAGUCGUCCGUGUUUGAUAUGUGAUUGGUAUCAGUGUUGAUUCACUUAUUUUUAAAUGAAUUUUCUUACCACCCCACCCCCUCCUUUUUUAAGUGUCGGUAUGGAUAGAUAAGGUUAUAGAGCUAGUCAGAUGUGAUCAUGAACUCUGUUCGGAAUAGCAUUCCAGCAUACUAAGCGGUAUAUUGUCAGUAUGCCUAAUGUUUCAAAAAAACGUAUGCGGUAUGGAAUGAUAAACAUAAAUACAGCUGCUGUUUGCUUUUAUUUCAAGCGUGUGCUCGUGCAUUCUUCGCACACGCAUAUUAAAUACUACAGUAAAACACACCGCUAGGCUAAUUCAACAAAUACGUUGUCUGCUGCGCGUAUGCUAGUAUGCUCAUGCUAUUCCGAACACGGCCGUAGGCUCUAAAUUGUUUGUUACUAAACUUUCGAAAUGAUCUAUGCCCUGCAAAACCAUGCAAACAUAGCCAGGGAAAGAUUUUUAAACCUACGUCACCUUUAAUUAGAACGAACGACGAAAAGGAGGUUAUUCUGUGGCUUCAUACAAAGAGGAAUAUGUGCCAACUGUUGGGGGAUGUACAUACAGUUGCCAAAAUCAUCGGAUGCCUUUCUCUGCCCUAGUGCACUCAGUCUGCCUAUUUAGUUUUGUUGCAAGUGUGUUCACAAAGUGUGUACUGUAGAUGUGCUCAGCAGUGACUGGUAAUAAAUUGCAUAAUGGCACGGGGAUUGUGGGUAUUAUCUGGGGUGGAUUAUAGUAAUUGUGCUUCUAAGAAUCAGUGUUGUAAAGAGACUUGUGGAAUGAGUAUUGCUGUUCUUGUACAGGAUCAUCAGUGCAUCUGUCACUUUAUGGAGAUGUAUGUGCUUUACUGCUUAAAUUUUACAAAUAUAUAAGCAGCGGGCUUCAUAAGUCUGAGACCACACUAACAAUCUGGGAUGGAGUUUAUGAUUUGUGAAAUUAAUUUACUGUGGUGAAAAAAAGUGAAAAAUGUCAAAUAUAAGACUUUUCACAUGUGGUCUCAUCCUUUUGGACCUCAUGCGAAUAUAUGCAUUAGAGUUUAAAAGUUUGGGGUUGGCACUCAUUAUCAAGAACAAAUUCAUUUGAAUAAAUGUAGUAAAGUCUCAAAGAAAAUAUUGAGCAACACAACUGUUUAAACCAUUUUUAAUAAUGCUGCAUUAGCAUAUAACAUUUUUUUCUGAGGGAUCAAAUGACACUUAAGUAAUUGCUGCUGAGAAAUCAACUUUGCCGUAAAUGACAUGCUAUAUAUAUUGUAACAGAAAGCAGUUCUAUUAAAUUACUUUUACUCUUUUUACUUCAUUUUGAUCAAAUAAAUGCGGCCUUUGUGAGAAUUUCAAAACAAAUCGACCCCGAAAUUUUGAACGGUACUAUAUAUAAACAAUCAUUCUUCAUAAUAACGUUCUUCAUAAUAAAUGUACAUUUCGUAAGGCAGGAAUUUAAAGUGCAACCACAGACCAAGCGAGAAAAUAAAUUUCUUUGUUUUAA